AUGACAAAGCUCAACAAAACCUGCGAGGAUUUUCUAGAAUGUUCGACACAAUUCAAAUGUGGAGGAACUACAAAAGAUGUGGAGAACAUUGAUGAAGCAGUCUCUUAUUGCCACGUUGUUGCAUUCCAUGUGUCACCUGGCUACCUGGAUUGUAUUGGUAAAGUAGACACCAAGAAUUUCACAUGUGUCCAAGGAUGGAAUCCGUUUCCAGAUUUUGAAGGGACUGAAGAGGAGAAGAUGAGAAAACAGAAGGAGGCUUGUAGAAACUUUUUCGGGAAAGACGGCUGCCUGGAAAAGGAGAUAUCCGACAUGUGUAGCGUGGAGUUAUGGAAGGAUUUCAGGAAGAUUCUCAAACAUCUCGUGGAGCUUGUCUCCAGUACCCCUGAUUAUAAGAAAAUUGGGAAUGACGUCAUAAAAGACUGCAAUGCAUUCAGAGAGUGCUCAACAAUUGUGAAGUGUGUGAACAAUGCAUCGUUUGAGAAUAUCAUUGAAAUGUUGUACAAUAAUUGCGAUGCUGCCGAGUACUUUAUCAAAGACUUCCCGAAGUGUGACGAUAAGCUGGAGGGAUUGAAUUCCACGUGUCUAGAGGAGUGGAACCCUUUCAAAGAUACUCCGAUCAAUGAAACAUUUGUAGAACUUCCAGAUGAACAAAAAGUAUUUUGUGAAGACUAUUACGGAAAAGAUGAUUGUGUUAAGAAUCAUAUUGUUGAGACUUGUGGAGAAAAAGAAUUUGAGAUUUUCCACAAACACCAGAAAAAUGUUGUGAAAAUCGUGGGUGAUUGCCGAUUGGAAUAA